CGUCGGGCCACGCCAGUGUCGAGUCACGCGAAAGGUCGGCUGCUGCGGCGCGUAACGGUGAGCGGCGGUUGAAGUAAAGAGUGUUGUAGUUCCGCCUAUUUUUGUGAUGCGCGUGGAUGGUGCCCUGUGAAGUGAGUGAGAGAGUUCCGGGUGGUGAGAUAUGCCCGUGGCACGCUCGGUGUCGGCGUCUCAGCUGGCGAGAGGAGAACAGGUCGCCACUCCCGCAGGAGGAGGAACUCCCGACGAAGGCGAGGGAGGAGGAGGAGGAGGUCCCUCCAUCCUCACACAGAAGGCGCACACUUUGGACAGAUUCUGCAACCCCUCGGCCAUGAACGGGCACGCCGAGCCCCGCAGGAAGCGCCCCUUCAUGUCCUUCCGGCUGAGCAAGAAGCCGGCCAAGUUCAAGGACGGGGGCGGCGGGGGCGCGCCCCCGAAGGGCGGCGAGGUGAGCCCGAACCCCAACGGCGCGUCCGAGACCUCCUCGACCAAGGGCAGUGUGGUGAGCGAGCCCGGGCUGGGCGGCGGCCUGGGCGGCGGCCUGAGCGGGGGCGGCAGUGAGAGCGUGGACGGCGGCAGUGAUUCCAGCAGUGCCUCAGUGAAACCCAAGAAAAAGUACCUGACGCGCAUGAGCUCCUUCGUGAGCCGCGUGGCGAGCAAAGUGCAGGGCGGGGGGGCGGGGGGGCCGGGUCCGGGGGGGCGCCGCCCUCCGCCUUGUCGUCGGGCAUCGCGGGCGUGCACGGCGGCGGCGGCGGCGGCGGCUCGAACCGGGCGGCGGCGUCGGCGGCCAAGCUGGAGCGCAGCAAGACGAUCUCUGCGUCGGACGUGCGCGCGGCGAAGGCGGAGGCGGAGUGCGUGGCGUUCGCGGAGGGCAAGGUGCCGGGCGCCAUGGGCAUCCGCAACCACGGCAACACGUGCUUCAUCAACGCCGUGGUGCAGUGCCUGAGCCACACGGACGUGCUGGCCGAGUACUUCGUGCUGGACCAGUACAAGCACGACCUGGCGCGCUCCAACAAGAUCAACUCCAAGAAGUACGGCACGCGCGGCGAGAUCACGGGCCAGCUGGCCGUGCUGCUCAAGGCGCUGUGGACGCUGCGCUACGUGCCCGACGUCUCCAUGAACUUCAAGAACACCGUCGACAAGUACGAGUCGUCGUACCGCGGCUCCCAGCAGCACGACGCGGCCGAGUUCCUCAUGUUCGUGCUCGACAAGGUGCACGAGGACCUCAACACGGCGUCCAAGCGCAAGUACAAGAAAAUCAAG